UAUUCACUCACAGGAAAAUUUAAGCAAUUAAUAAGCAGUUUCUAGCUUAUUAGCCAACUUAAUUCUUCAGAAAAAAAAAAAAAAAAAAAGGAAGAAGAGAGAUUGGCUAGCUUGCUUCCAUGGAUUCAAAGAAGUCUAACAAGAUCAGAGAGAUUGUUAGGCUCCAACAGAUCCUCAAGAAAUGGAAAAAGCUAGCAAAUGCUCCCAAAAACACCACUACAGCUACUACUUCUUCUGCAAGCAAUAACAGCAGCAACACCAGCAAAGGCAUGAAAUUCAUAAAGAGAACUCUGUCUUUCUCUGAUGUUUCUGGAGCUUCAUCAAAUUCAAAUAAUGAUGUUGUUCCAAAAGGAUUUCUUGCUGUUUGUGUUGGGAAAGAGCUCAAGAGGUUCAUCAUCCCAACGGAGUACUUGGGCCACCAAGCCUUUAGGAUUCUGCUUCAAGAAGCUGAAGAAGAAUUUGGGUUCCAGCAAGAAGGAGUUCUCAAGAUUCCGUGCGAAGUCCCUGUCUUUGAAAAGAUCUUGAAGGUUGUGGAAGAGAAAAGGGAGGUUCUCUUCUUGCAUGAGUUCGGAUUCAAUGCAGACAAGGACAAGAAUGGCUGCUGCUCUUCACCUUCUGAUUGUGAUCGUACACCUUCUCAUCAUCCCCAAAUGUGUAGAUGAUUAUUAUUGAUCACACCUUGUUUUUCUUCUUUGAUGAUCAAUAUAAUUUUUUUUUUUUUUUUUUAACCUUUUUGGGUUUUAUUUUUCUUGUUCUGUGAAGUUUAUGUAUGGGAAGAAAAAAGAGAAGGGUGAGGUUAGUGGAGGAUUUAGCUAUAGGG